ACAUGAUGCUUCCUGGAGAGCCCCACUGCCCAGCUGAGGAGCUGCUAGACGAUCUGUCUCAGAGUUCUGGAUAUUUCCAGGCAAAUCAGCAAACAGAGACCAACAGCACUUCAAAGCGCCCUCUGGUGGAAACAUCAAAGCAUAACAUGGAAGUCCUGCCAGCAGAUGAAUGUGACCGUUCAGAGAACCCAACAUCUAAAAAAUCCAGACGAGACGAAGCAGGAGGUUCCAGGAACAGGAUGAUAUCGUCACUGGGGAAAUAUGCUGAUGGUUACGACUCCAGGCGAAAGAGAAAAACAAGGAAAAGCAGUAAAAAGGUUUUAUCUGAAGAUGAAUCUGGUCUGCAUCCCAUCUGCCGUGAUGAGCUUCUUGUCUGCAGCCCUUACAGUCUGAAGGUCAGGAAGGAAGGUAAAGAGGAUUUUCAGAUGCUCCUCAGCCAUGAUCAUUAUGACAUUGGUGAAAAUCCACCUGAUCCUAAAGACUCCAAAGGCAGGAAUGCUUCAAAACUACAAAGGAAGACAAAGCUGCACACAGCAGCCGAAACCAAGAACCUAAGGAAGACAUUUGUCAUCCACAGACCGACAUGUCAGGACAAAAGCAAUAACACAAGGACAUCGGUUGUUAAUGAUGAGAUGGAUCAUCAGGAUGUCAGCUUUCUGAUAAUGGAUGUGGAUCCACCAUCGCUGCUUGCAGAGCUCAGCACUCUGGACCCAGAAUCCAAUUCUGCACCCAACUCUCCAAAAAGGAGCCCAUCAUGCAGGCUGGUGGUGACUGAGGGGUCAACUAGAGCCUCACCAGCAGGAAGAACUCUAACAACUGUUACCAACACAUUUCCAAACCCAUAUGGUGAAAAUAAAGGAAGAAGCAGGAGAAAGAACUGUGUGGUCUCCUAUAAGGAGCCACCACUGAACAGGAAAAUUAGGCGUGGAGAUGAUUUCACAGACACCACAUUUCUGAGUUCUCCGGUGUUUAAAGGCAGGAGGAAGAAGACGAAGAAGACGAAGACGAAGAAGACGUAGAAGAAAACAGUGGGGUGGGCUGUGGACAGACAACAACAAAUACUUUUUCCUUGUGAUAAAUCCAGUGUUCUAGUUUCCUACAGAGAAUGCUAGUUCAGAAUUUGUUCAAAUUUGUGGUGUUAAGACUUUAGAUUUUUUACAUCAUUGUCAUUGGGGAUGUAUCAGCUGUUUGCUCCUGAUGGGAGGCCAGCUGUAAAUAAUCGAGUGGAAGCUGAUAACCCGAUACUCCCUGUGAUGUUCAGCUGCACAGAAUAAAGUCUCAGUUAAGCCAACCAUGUUUAGGAUUUGCUGUGUGAGCAUGCUAAGUGAAGAUCUCCCAGCUCCACUUUUUGGUCCAUCAGCUUGUGUUGUGAGUAUAAAUCUUAACAUAUUAGAUCUGUUGAAGCUUGUAUAGUUUUUUUUUUUCUAUUCAGGGAUUCCUUCAAAAUUAUUUUCCCUGGCUUUUUUCCCCAGCAGCCAGGGAAAACAGGCUGGUGGCCUAACAGAUUGAUAUACCAUUUGUGAUAUGAAUGAGUGAUAGUAUGAGUGACUUAAUGUUUGCAAUGAAUAGGCUUAUGAGCUGAAGAGCUGAUUUUCUUUUUAUGUGAAUGAGGGGAGAUGUAUGUUCAUACUUAUUUCUGCGUCUUUCAUCCAUGUUUUUUUUUAGUUAUUACAUGAGCUAUUCAUAUUUAUUAUUGAGGGAGUAAAAUGAAAGGAAAAUAAAUAAAAUGUUGUACUAAUUAAACAAUACUUUACUAUUUUUAAAAUGGUGAUCAUUGGCUGUUAUUGGUGAGGACAGGAGAAUUCAGGCAAAAGUCGCCUCUGAAUAUAUUUGAGUUUUUAAACACAACAUCUCCUUCCCUUCCCACCACAGUGGAGCCAUAUGUAGCUUAGGAAGUCCUUAGCAUCCAAAUCGCAUAUGGCGAGAAGCAAUGAUUCUCUCAUCUUAUGGUAAGUAAGUUUGUAUAAUUAAAAGUUUUUCUUAGCCAAAAUAUAUUUGCACCUUACAUGCUACUUUGAGUAAACAUCAAAUGAACUGCCAUCAAACAAGUAUAGGAUUUAUUAACUUAUAAGACACAUUAACAGAAUGACCCGUCAGGGUGAUUGAUGUGACCAUCUGCUUGCAAAUUUAAAUAAUCUUCUACAGACUUAAAAAUAUUUAAUUGACCCUUUUGUUCUACUUACUGAUUGUGACAAAGUGGGGCCUGAUGAUCAGCUUAUACAUGAAAAUUAUAGGUUAAAGACCUUUGAGGUGAGCUUGGUAUUAGUACAUAGCUGUUACAUAUAAAUACAUUUAGGGGAAUUUUAGUCUGAAAGACCAAAAUUGCUUAGAGAGAAUGCCUAUUGCUUUAGUAAGGUUCAUUGCAGUACAGUGACACAUAGAGGCAUAUAUGUGUCACUGUACUGCAUUGUAUCUGAUAGCCUAGAAGCUGCAAACAUACUCGUGUAUAAGCAGUAAGGGAUCAAACCAGUGACAGGAAACAAAGCAUCAGGAAUUAAAUGUUAAACCAUAUAACCAAACAGUUUACUGAAUUGGAUCUUUGGGACUUUUCACAAACUGUUUUGUUGGUACAGUGCUGAAUAAGGAUUUAUGGUUAAGAUCUAACUUUUUAGGUUUGCCUUCAGUCACUGUUGACAUAAAUUUUGUAUCUGUCAUGGUCGGUCUAUAAUAAAUUCCAUCAGUUGUGAAACAUGAAUUCACAGCAGUGUGCAGUGAAGCUGGUGGGCAGCAAAGAAACAGUAGAAAUAAAUGUUUGCAAGCAGCAGCAAAAGGUCAUUGUUCAUGUUGAGAGGACUGUGUGCGUUUCAGAGCCGACUGCCAGUGGAGAAAAGCCUGGCUCUGUACAGAUGUAAGUCAGCUGUUUUGUUCCCUAGCCAUCAG